AUGACGAACUCUGUUUGGCAGGUCGCAGCGGUAGCCCUGUGCGCGGCGGCGGUGUUGGGGGCGCCGCAGAGGCCCCAGGACCAGCAGGCCGUCAUCUCACGCCUGGACUCGGACAUCAGUCCGGACGGCUCCUUCACCUACACGUACGAGACGAGCAACGGCAUCCGUGCGGACGCCCGCGGACAGCAGGUGGGGCCCGAGUCGCUCUCGGUGCAGGGCCAGUUCUCGUACACGGCAGACGACGGCACCCCCAUCCAGCUGCAGUACCUGGCCGACGAGAACGGCUUCCAGCCGCAGGGGGCGCACCUGCCCACGCCGCCGCCCAUCCCCGAGGCCAUCCUCAAGUCCAUCGAGUUCAACAGGCAGAACCCUGAGCCCCAGGAGGGCCAGCCGCCCGCAGCCGGCAGGCGCUUCGGCUGAAUGCAACCCCCGUCAGCACACCGUCAUCGCACCAGGCCUCCUGCGGCCGGCUAACUCAACUGCCACGCGAACGAACGCCGCCCGCUUCCCGUCUUAGCAAGCUGUCCUGGACACGAAGUAGACGUCAUUCGACCAACGUCUGUGUCGCCACCUCGGAUACGGCCUUCUUUAGCUCAACCACAUGUGUUCGGUCGAGGAGGUGUACAAUGUGUGAGAACCUUACUCCGACGUGGCGACGGAGACCCAGAGGGAUCAUGUUCGCUUCCCUGAAACAGGCCGAGAGAGAAAAAAAUAAAGCACGACAUUGAAAACUGUGAUAGGCUAAAUGGAGUAACAAAGGCAAUACAUAAGCAUAACUUUAUUCUCGAUUUCCACAUUUUCAAAAUCAUUACGCUUAUUUCCAUAGAUAAUAUGGCAGCACAGCCAAUUCUUGGACCAAGCUUAAUUUUGUUGAGAAUUUGGGAGUUGGGAACACAGUUUACUGUGUGUGUAAUGACAACGUGAUCUCUAGCGCGGACUGAUUUGUAAAUACUAAAAGUUUCUCGCGUAACAGCACAUGUAUUCUGUUCCGGUCGAAGGGUUCUGUCCGAAAUGUCUCUCGAGUGGUACAGUAAAAUGAUAAAGAACUAA